AAUUUUGGAAUUCGUCUGCUCGUGUCCCUUCCUGCUGCGCACUACAAGGAGGAUCGCCACACAGGGAAGCCUUACCUGCACAUCGCUGUGAAAGCAGCAAGACAAAGGAGCUUAUUCCUGUCGGUGCGGCCACUGGGUGCCACGGUCUACGGAGCGACCGUGACACUGCGUUGCUUCCAGCUGUGUUUUCUCACGUUUGCGCUCAUUGCGGGAGCGGGGGGCGCACGUUGA